CAGCCCAGUCCCCGGGGAGGGAGGCUCAGUGUCCCGGGAAGCGUCCUCACCGCACUGCGCCCUGAGCCGGGAGAGAAGUUGUGCGCAGGGCGCCGGAGUCCACACACUGCUCGGCGGGGAUUGGCUCAGGGAGAUGUGAGAGGAGCCAGCAGGGGCCUGAGGAGGAGGGGGCACCGGCUCCACACGGCCUCAUCUACCUGUGCGUGAGAGGGAGGAGGAGGAGGAGGGCACGGCGCCGGCCACUCACUGCCACUUGUGCGGGUCGCUGCUGCUGCUGGGAUGAUGCUGGGCACGGCUGAGCCGCCCUGGUGCCUUUAGAAGACAAGUCAAUGAAUGGAAGUGACUGUGCUGUGAGCAGCUACUGAGGAUUACGUGACAGCCCAGGCCAUGGAUGGGGGGCCCCUGCCCUGGGGGUAGCGGCUGGCACUGCUGGCACGCAGGGUUCCUGGGACUGGCUAUGGAUGCCUGCUGCUGGCUGCAGUAUGAGUAGAGCCCGGCUGCAGCUGGCACCCCACUGGCUGCUGCUUCUGGUAACUCUGCAGGCGAGGCUGGCACUGACUGAGCUGGAGCACAAGCAGAAAGCCCUGGUCAAGGUUUUCCCUCUGAGGAUGGAGAGCCCAAACUUUACCGUGGUGGGGGAGUUCGCCAAGGUGGCCGAUGCGGGCAACGCCGAGGGCUGGCUGUUCCAGUUUCACCCGCUGUCUCUUUGCAAUGCCAGUGAUGAUGAACCGCCAAAACUUGGAUUCAUUUCCAUUGUCAAACUGGAGAGCCCAGAACGUUCUCCCCAACCGUGCCUACCCCUAGCAAGCAAGGUUCAGCUCGCAGGGAAAAGGGGUUCCCGUGCUGUAAUCUUCGAUAUUAGUGACGAUGAGGGAGCUGAAUACCAGUUACAGCAACCAGCUGCCCAAAAUCCACCUGUGGUACUAGUACGAGGCCGCGAUGCAGAGCGGCUGAUGUCCCUUGUGCACAACAACACCGAAGCUCUUGUCAGGAUCGAGGUUCCGGAGCCACUCAAGCAGGUUGUCCAUGACAUCUGGAUCCUGGCCACACUGGUUGCGACAUUAUCCAUCAUCUUCAUAUUUGCUGCAUUUCGGGUUUGUUGCAAGCCAGCCCCAGCACAGGAUCCUGUGCAGCAACAAACUGAGCUGGCCAUAAGUCGCCUUGGCACCAGAAAAUACCAAGCUCGAGGAGGAAGAGAUUAUGGCAGGAGUUCAAAUGGUUGUCAAGUAGAAAAGGCUAGUUCCAGCAGAGAAACGGCCAGCUCCAUUAGCUCCACACCCAUGUGUGCCAUAUGUCUGGAUGACUUCUCUGAUGGACAGGACUUACGGAUUUUACCUUGUAGCCACGAGUACCACCUGAGUUGUGUGGAUCCUUGGCUGAGGGAGAAUCACACCUGUCCCCUCUGCAUGUUUGACAUCUUAGCAGAACCAAACAAUUCUUCGCAUCCGGCACCUAUAAGACCUCCCUCCCACCAACAGUUUUGGAGGAGAUAUCCAGGAACUGCUCACUUCCAGUAUCCUCCUCAUCCACAUACGACACCAUUAAUAUAUCCUCCACUGAACAAUAGUAUAUUUUUGUCCCGCUCCCCAUAUACUCUUGGUACUGGACUUCAAUGGGAAGUGCCGCGUUCUCACCGCCGUACACCGGAGGGACCGAGGGAAGUUGGAAUUUCUCCACUCUGCCAAGUGUCCAGUGGAUAUUUGCCUGAUGAUCCAGGCAGUGAUAGCAGCUCUGGUCCUUUUAAUGGCUCCUCCAGUGAGAAUUGUACAGAUGUCAGUCUACGUUGCCUACAAGGAUCCUCCUCCUCUUCUUGCCACAGCUCUCAGAGCAACCCAGGAGACUCACCAUCUCCAGCACUUGCCUCUAUUCAACUACCUCAAAAUGAUCUCCCAGGAUUUAACACUGUUGUGCCUACCCAAAGUUCUUAUGCCAGCCAUGUCCACUACCACCAGCACAGACAUCACCAUUACAAACGGCAACAUCCCAAUUCAUCUCACCCCCACAGACCCAAACGGAGACCUCGGCCCUCUAGGGGGGAGGCAAGGAUAGACGUUGGGAGUCAUAGGGAGCACAGGUCAGCUAAUGGCCAUAGUGGGGAAUCUAGAUCUCUUUUGACUCGAAAAGAGCCAUGGACUCAUUCAUCUAGGCACUACCUUGAUUCAAGGAUUAGCAGGGAAGCUGUGAGGCACAGCCAGUCCUCACCACAAUCGCCAUCCCCAACGCAUGAGUCAAAUGAACCUGAAGCCCCAUUGUCUUUGAGAGGACACAGGAGUGAACCUCCAAGUAGAAGUCAUCGGAAGAAAAGAUCACCUGCCCAGGUGCAUCUUCCCUCUUAUAGCACCCGCCACUUCAACACAAGCCAUGGCGUUCAGAACUGUGAAAGAGUCCAUCCACUCUGGGCAGAUGGAGCCCGACUGCCACAUACAAGAGUGAACACACACCGGGAAAACACAGCAAUGAUGCACUUGUAUCACCCUCCUCAUCACACUGAUCAUAACCAAGGCGCUGGUACUGAGGAGCUUGAAGCUGUAUGUGAACACGCAGUGUAAAACUUCAGGCAUUUCAACCAUUUGGCAAGACCCACCAGUACAGGCUCCAGUGAUGGGGACUCGGUCUCCAGCAGGCUGCCUCCACAACCAAGCUUCCAGAUUUUCCCUUAGCCUCUAAGGUCAUUUUACACCCGUUUCAUCUCCAUAGAGUCUGUGCAGCUGCUGACUGAGCCGAGAACAUCUGUGCAUGGUUUCCUGUGACCUUACAGAGCAAUGUUCCUCACCCCAGAAGAGUGCCGGAUGCAGCUCUUCACAGACCACCUCUGCCACUUUCAAAACAUUGAUCCACACAUGCCACUCUUCACACCUUUCCAAAGGAGAGUAUUUCUGCAAGAAAAAGCUACCCGGGAUGUCUCCGUGACUGCAUUUGUGAGCCUGACUAGGAGCACACCCUUUUUGGAAAUAUCCAGUGCAUACCAGGCAUGGUUUUUCCCCAGGACUGAACCAAUCCAUUGGGAAUUGAAUGUCUAGAUACGGCCAAUGGCCAAGUUGCCAAUGCAAUAUAAUACUGUAUUCUAUUGAAUUCACUGGACACCAGGUGUUAACAAUGAUUUUAAUUUGCACUUAAUAAUUCACUUUUCUAAUUGUAGACUGAGAGCCGGUUUUGGCCUUCAACCAUUACUGAAACCUUAUCUGUGAUAUGGCAGCUGUUGUUUCUGUAGUCUGAGAUUCCAGAAAUUAGGUACCUAAUUGGGUAACUUCACCACAAAUGACAUUUCUCAGGUCCUGCCAGUGAAUCUCAGCUCUACAUCUCGAGACUAAGAAACUUUUACGUUAAACUCUUUCUGUGCCUCAUGUCCCAAAAGAACUGAUUGUAAGCUCUUGUGCCUCCUUGAUGCCUUGUAAAAAGUGUCUAAAAAUAUGGUUUGUAUAUUUGUAAAAGUUUUAUAUUUAUGAGACAUAUUGUGGUUCUUUUGAAGAACUAAUGAAGCUCAUUUUCCUAUGGAUUUCUGUCUUGC